AUGGCUGCUGCAAAUCCAGCAAAAAGUCUCCAGGAUGAACUGACCUGUUCCAUCUGUCUGGACUAUUUUAAAGAGCCGGUGUCUCUAGACUGUGAUCACAAUUUCUGCCGAGCCUGCAUCACCCAGUGCUGGGGGGUAUUCGCUACUGAUAUCUCCUGCCCUCAGUGCAGAGAGAUCUUUCCCCAGAGGAACCUCAGGCUGAACAGGCAGCUCAGGAAUGUUGUGGAAGCAGCCAGAGAACUUGGGUUGCAGACAGGGAGGGAACCAGAACCAGAGAGACUGUGUGAGAAACACAAGGAGCCUCUAAAACUGUUCUGCAAAGAGGACAAAAUCCCCAUCUGCCUGGUGUGUGACAGAUCCCAGGAGCACAGAGAUCACACAGUCAUUCCUGCAAAGGAAGCUGCCGAAGAAUUCAAGGAGAAGAUUCAAGCCCAUUUGAAGACGCUGAAGGAAGAGAGAGAAACGCUCCUGGGAUUUAAAGUGAGCGGAGAGAAGAGAAGCCAGGAAUAUCUGAGAAAUACACAAACCGAGAGGCAGAAGAUUGUGUCUGAAUUUCAGCAACUGCGGCAGUUCCUGGAGGAACAAGAGCGACUCCUGCUGGCCCAGCUAGAGAAGCUGGACAAGGAGAUAGUGAAGAUACAGAAUGAAAAUGUCAGUAAAUUAUCUGAGGAAAUUUCCCGUCUCGAUAACGUGAUCAGUGAGAUGGAGGGGAAGUGUCAGAAGCCAGUGACUGAAUCGUUGCAGGACGUCAGAAACACCUUCAGCAGGUCUGUGAAGGGGAAGUUCCAGCAGCCAGAGGAGAUUUCUCCUAAGUUAGAAUUAAGACUCAGUGAUUUCUACCAGAAAAAUGUUGCUCUCAUGGAGACUCUCAGGAAGUUCAAAGACACUCUGCCAUCUGCACUGGAGACAAAAAGAGGAGGAUUCCUAGGAACAUUCAGACAGGUGAAUGUGACUCUGGAUCCAGACACGGCUCAUCCCAAA